AUGUGCAAAGUCGCCAACGUGGGAUGGCCUCCCACGUUGCCGCACGGUUCUACGCUCAUCCGCUUCUGUUCUGUUCACUGCUGUGGCGCUCCAUCGGUGCUUCCGCUGCAUCGUGCAUUGGCUCCUCUGCGCAUCGGCCUCGCCGACCCGUCACCGCUCAGGCCGCCUUUCCGACCAGCUUCUUCGCUCGCCCACUCCACCAUCUUCUCGCGCCCUUCCCAAGCCCUUCGUAUCUGGCACCCUCGCCAGGAUCACCUUGUCUCGUCUGCAGCUGGCGCGCCAUCCCUCAGCAUCUCUGCCUACGCUGCAUCUGAUAUACACGCACAUCCACCUCGGCCUGCAGCCAUCUCCGACCGCGACCUUCACGUGAAGCCGCCUACCUAG